AAUGAGCCUGCCCUGCGGCCCCUUCCCAGGGAAGAAACGCUUUGCCCAAAGUGCCAGCGGCCUGUGUGGGAGGGAGAUGGCCAGCUGCAGUUGAUCUGUGUGCAUACAGAAAUAACCAAAGGUCCGAUCCCAGUCCUCACAUGUCCUAAUCUGAGCCCUCCAGGCCAAGAACUCUAACCCCGUCACAAUACAGAGUCCCAAAGAUGAACAAGGAAACCACAGGGGUAUCUGAGAACAGCCACCACUUGAAGGUUUUCCUGCCCAAGAAGCUGGUGGAUUGUGUGCCCAAGUGCCCUGCUCUGCCCACCGAGAGGCUGCGAUGGAACACCAACGAGGAGAUCGCCUCCUAUUUGAUCACCUUUGAGAAGCAUGAAGAGUGGCUCUCCUGCUCCCCCAAGACCAGACCCCAGAAUGGCUCGAUCAUCCUGUACAAUCGCAAGAAGGUGAAAUACCGCAAAGAUGGCUACUGCUGGAAGAAGCGCAAAGAUGGCAAGACCACUCGUGAGGACCACAUGAAGCUGAAGGUGAAAGGCGUCGAGUGUCUCUACGGCUGCUACGUCCAUUCGGCCAUUGUCCCAACAUUCCACCGGCGUUGCUACUGGCUGCUGCAGAAUCCGGACGUCGUGCUGGUUCACUACCUGAACGUCCCAGCCAUAGAGGAUUGCGGGAAGAUCUGCGGGCCUGUCCUUUGUUCCAUCAACAGUGACCGCAAGGAGUGGCUGAAGUGGUCAAAGGAAGAGCUGGUCGGGCAGCUGAAACCCAUGUUCCAUGGCAUCAAGUGGACCUGCAGCAAUGGAAAUAGCACUGCAGAGUUCUCCAUUGAGCAGCUCGUCCAGCAGAUCCUAGAGAGCCACCAGGCCAAGCCCCCACCCCGGACCCACGCCUGCCUCUGCAGCAGCGGCCUUGGGAGUCCCGGUCAUGUUCCACACAAGUGCAGCAGCACGAAGCAUCGGAUCAUCUCCCCAAAGGUGGAGGUCCGCCCGGGUCCCUAUCCUGCGCUGACAGAGGUCCAGAACAUUUCUGGCAGCGCCGAGGCAAAAGCUGAGGCAGAACCGGCCAAGCCCUCGGGAUCCGACAAAGACUUGAAGCUGGUCAAGGCCGUCUCACCCAGCCUCGCCGAUGCCUGUCCCGACUCCACCCAGCCCUCCCCAGGCUUGGCACCCCCCAACGGCUUCCCCAAGCAGGAGCUACCUGCCGUCACCCUCUCGGUCAGCCUUCCCGGGAGCGCCAUUCUGGUCAUGACUGGCCUCGGCAGUGCCGAAAAGCCUCUGGCUCUCACCCCCAGCCAACACCUGGUCCCUGGAGAUGGUGUCGGGACACCCGGCGCCCCUCUGGGCUUAGCCCUCCUGCCAGGGCCAGGCCUGGUUCUCUCGCAGAACCUGGAGGCCACCAUGGAGACCAACGAAGUGGGCUCAGAGACCUUUGACCCUGACUGUUUCCUGAACAGCCCCAAACAAGGGCAGACCUAUGGGGGUGGGACCAGUCUCCACGCCCAGCCUGGGCCUCCGGAGGCUUCUGCCCCCCCAGCUUACUCUCUGCUUGUGCCCACAAACCGUUUCUUUAUCCAAGAUGAUGGGGCAGCCCAGGGGCCGCUGCCACGUUCCCCCGCCGCCGCUGAGGGGACAGAGGUGAAGAGCAGCCCUGAGACACCCAUGGAGACGGCAGGAGGAGGGGGUGUGAUGCCCAGGAGGGCUCUGGCUGAAAGGGGGGGCCACGUGGAAGAGGGGGCAGGGACAGCCACCCCAGAACUCCACGAAGAGCUGUACUCCAUCAUCCAGACAGCGGCUGCAGCGGCAGCAAGCAGCUCCUUCGGCCUCUCUUUCGACAGCCAUUUCCCAGACCUCAUGAGUGAGCUAAUGACCGAGGAGCCUGGGCCUGGCAGCGUGCCUGGCACCAAGGAAGGCAGGGCCAGCCCUGGGAGCCCUGCCCCAGUCCUGCCCGAGGCCCUGGCACAGCCCUAUGCAACAACAGGAGGCCCGCGGGGCUCCCCCCAGCCGCUGGUGUCCAUCACGGACUUCUCUCCUGAGUGGUCCUACCCAGAGGGCGGGGUCAAGGUGCUCAUCACCGGUCCUUGGACAGACGAGGCGGAGCCCUACAGUUGCCUCUUUGACCAGAUUUCGGUCCCUGCUUCUCUCAUCCAGUCCGGGGUGCUGAGAUGCUACUGCCCAGCCCAUGAAGCAGGUUUGGUGUCCCUGCAAGUGGCUCAUGAUGCCCGGUUGGUUUCCUUGUCCGUUCUCUUUGAGUACCGAGCCCGAAACUUCAUGGCGCUGCCCAGCACCCAGCUGGAUUGGCUUUCCUUGGAUGAUAACCAAUUCCGAAUGUCCAUCCUGGAGCGCCUGGAGCAGAUGGAGCGGCGGGUGGCGGAGAUGACGGCUGCCACAGCAGCAACCCAGGCGCGGGCAGAGAAGCCGCCAAGCCAGGCUGCUUCGGGCUCCUUCGAGGACCGCAUCGUGGCUCUUUGUGAGAAGAUGAUGUCUCCAUCUUGCUGGCGACAUUCAGAGACUCUUGUUCACCAUGUCAGCUUCAGGGGAAUGACGCUGCUUCAUUUAGCUGCUGCGCAAGGCUAUACCCGCCUCAUUGAGACCCUCAUCAAGUGGCGAACCGUCAAUGCUCAAAGCCUGGAUCUGGAACAAGAGGUUGACCCCCUCAACGUGGACCACUUCUCCUGCACCCCCCUGAUGUGGGCCUGUGCCCUGGGCCACUUAGAAGCUGCCCAGCUCCUCUACCACUGGAACAGCCAGGCCCUUUCCAUCCCGGACUCUCUGGGCCGCCUCCCGCUCACGGUGGCUCGGUCCCGUGGCCAUGUCAGGCUGGCCUCUUGCCUGGAGGAACUGCAGCGCCAAGAGGAGGGGCCCCCUGAGCCGCCAAGCCUGGAGCCCCUGCGGGAUGCGCUCGGGGACUCCAUCAAGGCUGGCCCUGUCCUCCGGCGCCCCGCAGAAGCCUUGCGCAUCCCCUCCCCUCUCUCAGCCAGUCCAGACACAGGGCUCAGCACUGCGAGCGGAGUCUCGUCCCCCUCCGAGCUCUCAGAGGGUUCCCUCUCCAUCACUUCAGCCUACUCCAGCGGGUCGGCUCUGCGGGAGUCCCCUGCACACAGCCCUGAGGUCGAGGGGGGCGGCAUGGAUGUCUGCCAGGCCCCGGUGCCUGAGAACGCGGCCCGCUGGGAGCUGCCGGAGGAGGCCAGCCCCAAUCGCCUGCCUCCGGCCCCCUACGUGAUGGACUACACUGAGGUGGGGGCUACAGGAGGGCCCGCGGGAGCUGCAGGAGCAGCCCUGGAGCCGGAGCUGCUGAACUUCGGGGAAAACACGGAAAACGAGGACUGCCUGCCCUCCACAGAUGUCCUGCAGGUGGACAUGGUCACUCUGGCCAAGCAGAUCAUCGAGGCAACACCAGAGUGCAUCAAGCAAGAGGACUUCCGCUCCGCUGAGGCUCCCCUCCGUGAGCGCCCAGGGAACCUGGGCCUGAGCGAGACCAUGUCCUGGCUGGCUGGCUACCUGGAGAACGUGGACCAGCUGCCCAGCUUCUCCCAGCGCAGGUCUGGCCUGGCUUUCCCUCUUCUGGGGACUGCAGACCCCAGGGGGGAGGAGCCACGCUCACCCCUGGCCUUCUCUUCCAGGCCCCUGGCCGCCUCCCCCUCUGGCCACUCCUGCCUCAGCCCCUUGCACUCCCCGCUGGGGGAGCUGUCCUUCGAGCGCCUGCCCCCACCGCCCACGGCAGCCAGCUGGGCAGAGUUCCUCAACGCCUCGGCCAAUGGCAGGAUGGAGAGCGAGUUUGCCUUGCUGACGCUGUCAGACCACGAGCAGCGAGAACUCUACGAGGCUGCCAAAAUUAUCCAGACUGCCUUCCGCAAGUACAAGGGUCGCCGGCUGAAGGAGCAGCAGGAGGUGGCAGCUGCUGUCAUCCAGAGAUGCUACCGCAAGUAUAAGCAGUACGCCCUCUACAAGAAGAUGACGCAGGCAGCCAUCUUGAUCCAGAGCAAGUUCCGCAGCUACUAUGAGCAGAAGAAGUUCCAGCAGAGCCGGCGAGCUGCAGUCCUGAUCCAGCAAUACUAUCGCAGCUACAAGGAGUACGAGAAGCUGAAGCAGGGGCACCGGGCGUCAGCCGCCAUGCAGCAGAAGAUCAAGGGGACGUUCCUAACCAAGAAGCAAGACCAGGCUGCCCGCAAGAUCAUGAGGUUCCUGCGCCGUUGCCGCCACAGGAUGAAGGAGCUGAAGCAGCGGCAGGAGCUGGAGGCCUCCCAGAAGCGCAGCGUGGCCACUUAGCCGCUGGAGCCGGACCGGGCAGGGCCACCACCGAGGAGUCUUAACCCCAGCCGAGGAGGCCCCUUGACGGUUCCGGGCCUGGGGCCAGCUGCCCACUCUCUGCCCUGAAGGACUGUGCAAUAGGACUGGCCAGGGAAAGAAUGCCGGCCUGUUGGCCUCCUUCCCUUGCUCCCAGGAAGGGGUGUGAGUGCGUGGAGGCUCCUUUGCCCAGCACCCCCGCCUCGGCAUGCUUUGCCUUGCACCUGUGCCAAGCCUUCCUCUCUGCCCCAGGCAGCCUGCCACCUGCCUGGCGGAGGGGGGGGCAGAGAAGCCGAGGGUAGCAUGCUCCCUGGAGAGGGGGCUGCGGCCCGGAGCUUCUUCAGACCCCGCCCCGCCCCCCCCCCAGGGCCUGGCCCCUUCACUUCGCCCUUGGGGAACUCUCCGCUAAGGGCCAGCCCCCCCCCCUCCAAUGCACUUUGAACCCAGCUCCUGCCUGCUCUCGCCCACUCCCGUUCACACGUGUACAUAGCUGGAGCCUUCCAGGCGCCACAGCCCCCCCCCUUCCCUCCUGUACAUAUUUGUAACAUAAAAGGUUAUACUGCAGAAUCUAUUUAAUGCGGGGGGGGGGGGGCGGGUUGCAUGGGUUUGCAUCGCAGGGCCGCACCGCCGCUUCCUCCGGACUUAAGCCCGCCGCCGGCUCCUGUCGACGUUUUUGCAUGACUUUGGUUUGUUUGUACAAAUUUACAUUAAACAGCAGGAAAAACGUGA